AUGACUAGGAGUAAUAUCAAUGUUAAUGAUCUGUUUGCAUUUGAUCCUGAAAUAGAGAGAACAUUGCAUGCUGCUAGAAGAGCUCGUAGGUUGACUUAUAGUAGAAUUACUAAAUUGGAUCCUAUUUCUGAGCAUACUGAUUUUAAUUGUUCUAGUUCUUUUAAUAGAGUAGAUUUUACCUCUUCAAGUGAUUGUCUAGUUAAUUCUGAAAUCAUGGAUAACAGAAGUUUGAAACAAUUGGCUGAACCUGAUGUUGAAAAUUAUCAGCCAUUAUGUAUUCGUUAUCCUGAUUUAAAUGUUGCAUUUGAAUUAAAAUCUGGUUUGAUUCAUUUGCUGCCAAAGUUCCAUGGUCUUGCAGGUGAGGAUCCUCAUAAGCAUCUGAAGGAGUUCCAUGUGGUAUGCAGUACUAUGAAGCCACAAGGAGUAGAUGAAGAGCAAAUCAAGUUGAGGGCUUUUCCAUUUUCUUUAGAUGGUGGACCUAAGGAUUGGUUUUACUACCUGCAGUCAUCCUCCAUUGGAAGCUGGAAUGAUAUGGCCAGACUCUUCCUGGAAAAAUUCUUCCCAUCUUCAAGAGCCACUUCGAUCAGAAAGGAAAUAAGUGGCAUAAGGCAAGCAAAUGGGGAGAACUUGCAUGAGUACUGGGAGCGAUUCAAGAGGUUGUGUGCAAGCUGCCCGCACCAUCAAAUCCCAGAUCAACUGUUGAUUGUGUACUUCUAUGAAGGGUUGCUUCCCAUGGACAGAAAUCUUUUAGAUGCAGCUAGUGGUGGAGUCCUCGUCAAUAAAACACCUGUUGCUGCAAAAGAAUUGAUUGCAGAGAUGGCAGCCAAUACUCAGCAAUUUGGCACCAGAGUGAACAGCAGUGCGGUGUUCCAAGUGCAAGCAUCCAUAGUCCAAUCUUCAGCAGCUCCUACAGUAGCAUCAAGCAUGGACAAUCAAAGAAUUGAAAAUAAGCUUGAUAAGUUAAACUCGCUGGUGAGACAAUUGGCAGUAACACAGAUAGUGCAGCCUCCCACUCCACAGAUGAGCAACCCGUGUGGCAUCUGCUGUAAUCCUCUUCAUCCCACAGAUGGCUGCCCUUCCUUUCAUGAUAACAUCCCUCUAGUUGACCAGGCAGUAGCUGCAGUAGGAGUUUUUCCUGGAAAAUCGCAGUAUCAGCAGCAGCAAUGCAAUCCCUUCUCCAAUACUUACAAUCCUGGCUGGAAGGAUCAUCCCAACUUGAAGUCGAAUCAGAACCUGAACCAGCAGAGCCUUCCUCCUUAUCAGCAGAGGCAAAAUUUCCAGUAG